GGCCCAGGCACACCAGGGAGAGUACAGAUCCAGUCUAGGCAGCUGGAGACUGAUAAUGACAACCUUGCCUAUCCAUGUGAUCAGAAGUGAGAAUUCCAAAGACUUUGUGGAUCACACUUCAUCUGCCUUCUGACUACCUAGUGGCCUUACUAUCACUGCCUACCUUCUUAAUUGGCUUGUAGGAUUGACAAAGAACAUACAGUUAGAUGUUGAGACAUGACCUUGAAAAUGACUCCCCACUCGGUGUGUAGCAAGAGCUGUGGCCUGGGAUUCAUGAAAAUUCCUCAGGAAGGGCAGCCUUCCUGCUGUUUCCAUUGUAUUUUGUGUCCAGAAAGAGGAAUAACUAAUGAAACAGAUAGCGAUCAAUGUAUGGAGUGCCCCCAGAGUGAGUAUCCCAACAUGGAGAGGAACCGCUGCCUACCCAAAACUGUGACCUUCCUGGCUUAUCAAGACCCACUGGGGAUGGCUCUGGCCUGCACAUCUCUGUGCUUCUCUGUCAUCACUGCCAUGGUUUUGUGGGUGUUUGUGAAGUACCGAGACUCUGCCAUAGUCAAGGCCAACAACCGCACCCUCAGCUAUGUCCUCCUCCUCUCCCUCCUCUUUUGCUUCCUCUGCUCCUUACUCUUCAUCGGCCAUCCAAACACAGUCACCUGCAUCCUCAGCAAUAUCUCCUUCGCAGUCAUAUUCACUGUGGCUGUUUCCACUGUUUUGGCCAAAACCAUCACUGUGAUUCUGGCCUUCAUGAUCUUGAGACCGGGGAGAAUUAUGAGGCAGCUGCUGGUGUCUGGGGUUGUGAACUCGGUGGUUCCCAUAUGUUCCCUUAUCCAAUUGAUUAUUUGUGGCAUCUGGCUGGGAACCUCUCCCCCUUUCAUUGACAUAGACUCAUCCUCUGAACCCAGGAGCAUCAUCGUUGAGUGCAACAAGGGCUCUGUCUCUGCCUUCUACUGCGUCCUGGGAUACCUGGGCUUCCUGGCCCUGGGAGCCUUUUCCUUGGCUUAU